CAUUUUCUACACAACUCAUUCCUUUACCUCCCACCUCUAUAAAACCCUUCGCCCUCUCUUCCUCUUCACUUCAAAACCACUUCACACAUAAUACAUAUCUCUUUCUCUCUCUCUCUCUCAAAUUUUUUUUUUUUAUUUUUAUCAUUUACACUAGCAAAAAAUAUAUAUAUAUAUAUAUAUAUCCGGAAAAAAAUCAAAGCAAAGAUCAUGAACACAGUUCCUGCGGAGCUCACCGGAUACUUCCAAUAUGUAGCGCCGGGAAAAUAUAAUAACCAAACACCAAUCAUGGAGUCGGAAUACUUCAACAUGCACUCUUCUCCUACUUCUUCCUCCUACUACAUCAACGGUCUUAUUAACAACAACAACUUCUACUCUUCAUCAUCCAAUGGUCAGGAUCUAAUGACGAGCAACAACUCAGCAUCAGACGAAGAUCACCAACAAAGCAUGGCCAUCGAUGAGAGAAAACAAAGAAGGAUGGUCUCUAACAGAGAAUCUGCUCGUAGGUCAAGAAUGAGAAAGCAGAGACAUCUCGAUGAGCUUUGGUCUCAAGUGAUACGACUUCGUACUGAUAACCACUGUCUUAUCGAUAAGCUAAACAACGUAUCCGAAAGCCAUGAGCUUGCUUUGAAGGAGAACGCUAAGCUUAAAGAGGAAACUUCUGAUCUCAGACAACUACUCUCUGAGAUAAAAUCCAACAACGAAGACGACAACAAUUUUCUAAGAGAUCUUGAAGAUUCGAUAUCAAACACUAGAUCGGGUUCGGACCAAAGGGGCAGGGAUUUUGAGUUGUAUUAAUUAAUGAUCUUGAUCAAUGUUCUGCUUGUGUCAAGAAUGCAGAUUUCAUAAUAUAGUAUUAUAUGUUAUAUAUAAAAUAUAAAUAAAU